AUGGUGAGGGCAGCAGGCCCUGAGCUGGGGUCCCGUGGGCUGCAAGUCCGUGGCUUUGUGGAUGGAGGCCUAGAAGCAGAUCACUCCCCAGCGGGCCGAGGUUGUCUCCAGUAUCCUGCCCCCUCCCAAGCCCCCCAGGGUCUCGGGCCUGCUGGCGCCGCCCUGCCCCUCUCCCUUCCCGGCUCACGGCUCCCGAGAGCCCCGCCCCCUCCUCCGUCCGCGGAGGGCGCCGUUUCAGCACCGCGGCCAGCGCCCCGGGGUUCUGGGCGAGGGGCGGGGCCUGCAGCCGAGGCGGGGAAGGGACCGAGCGCCCACUGCAGGCCCCCGCCGCGGGGAAUCGGAACCCAGUUCACCUUCCUGAACCGAGAUGACAAGAACUGGGAAGUGAGAUCGCACUACUGCACUCCAGCCUGGGCGACAGAGCAAGACUCCGUCUCAAAAAAAAAAAAAGCUUCCUUUCCAACUUGGACCCAGCAGAAUGGCUCCCGCAAAAAGGGUGGCGAGAAGAAAAAGGGCUGUUCUGCCAUCAACGAGGUGGUGACCCGAGAAUACACCAUCAACAUUCACAAGCGCAUCCAUGGAGUGGGCUUCAAGAAGCGUGCCCCUCGGGCACUCAAAGAGAUUCGGAAAUUUGCCAUGAAGGAGAUGGAAACUCUAGAUGUGCUCAUUGAUACCAGGCUCAACAAAGCUGUCUGGGCCAAAGGAAUAAGGAAUGUCCCAUACCGAAUCCGUGUGCGGCUGUCCAGAAAACGUAAUGAGGAUGAAGAUUCACCAAAUAAGCUCUAUACUUUGGUUACCUAUGUACCUGUUACCACUUUCAAAAAUCUACAGACAGUCAAUGUGGAUGAGAACUAAUCGCUGAUCGUCAAAUACAUCAAAUAAAGU